GUAAGCCCAUUAGACUAAUAACUCUCUGGCGGGAAAGCGGGAAGAAGGAGAAGCGAGUAGAGAGCGAGAGCGAGAGAGAGAGAUGAACUCGUCGCCGGCGAUUGAACCAGACGCGCCAGACCUCGUUUGCCAGCUCGAUAAUGUCCAAGGCAUGGUCGAUGCCCUCACUUGCGUCCGAUGGAAACGCCACCAGGAUGCUUUAGUGGAGUUAUCCGAGCACGGAAUCGUCUUGAUCGUUGAGGAAUCAGGCUGCCUUCAAGCCAAGGUCUAUCUUCAACGCGAGCUGUUCACGAAGUACGAGUACGGAGCUGAAGGGAGACCGAGAUUUGGAAUCAGCUUAGGGCUUCUCGUGGAUUGCUUGAACACAUUCUCAUCACCUGGACAUUCAAAUACUAUAGAAAUCAAGUAUCCAGGCCCUGACAUGGAGCUUCUUCUCAAGUCUGUUGAUACUCUGAACUCAUGCAUCUACUCUGAGAUAAGAACGAGGAUCCCAGAGACUAGUGAAUGGGACUAUAACUUUGAGCAGGCAGGGACUGUGCCGCUUACUUUUACCGUGAAGUCAGCGGCGUUGAAAGAAGCUAUUGAUGAUCUUGAGUGGCCUGGAUCAAGCGUGCAGAUUAGCCUUCAAAUGUCUCCUCCUUGUGUUACCUUUAGAGGAGAAGGACAUGGAGACUUACAGAUAGACUUCAUGUAUUAUGCCAACACAGAUCUUCUCCUUGCCUUUCAUUGCGAUACUGAAGUCUCUUACAGGUACAAAUACAAGUUCUUGAAGGCGACAACAGCAAAUAUUCCUGGAAACGUCGCGAGGGAAAACAGGGGAAGUAAGCUGACAAUAGGGAGAGGAGGGAUGUUGAAAGUUCAGCACUUGGUUUCGGUUUCUAAACCGUUAGCUCCACAAGUGGAUUCUGCAGGUUAUCAGCCGCCGAGUCGGAUUGCUUAUAUAGAGUUCUUUGUCAAGCCUGAAGAAACUGCUUAGUUUACAAUCUUUUUCUGUUGGUCCAACAGAUUGCUAAAAGGCUUGCAAAGAAAAGAAAAAAAGUGUAAUUGGAGACUUAUGUGUUGUUUUUGAUCGUUUAGCUCAGAUGGCACACUGUUUAAUGUACACUCUGAUUGUUCA